AUGCGCCUGUUGUCGGCACCCUUCCUCUUGGCCUUAAGCUUAACCUUGCAAUUGCAAUUAAUAUUCACACCGACUACCUUUGCUCUUAUAAUUACAAAGCACACUGGUCGUAUUGCCAUUGAUGCCUUCGAUGUCAAUAAACAUCCGACUCUCCAGCAGGCUCUGCUGCUAAAACGCCAGAGCAACAAUUCUUCCGAUGUUUGCAAUCAGGCCUUCCCGGGCAGAUACUCCGAAACAUGCCAGCCGAACUCCAUCAGUAACACCCUCUGCUGUGCGUUAAGAAGUAUACAUGUUGACGGGAAUUCUUCACCCAAGCUUAAGGCAUCAUCCCCAACGAGACCCGUCCCAAAUGCGUCUCCAUCUUUGGAUACGGCUUCUGUUGCACCGAGCACCAAUCAUGCUUCGCCGACCUCGCCAGCACCUGCGGAGCCACCAAUAGUGUCCAAUGCAAUCCCGAUGCAUGUUGUCCAGGUCCAGUUCACGGGAUGCGCGACAAAUUUCAACCAUACCCGAGAAUUGGUCAGAUGUGAGAUUCGACCGGAAUUGAUCCCGGAGGUGGUAUUUGGGACUACCAGGCUGGUCAGCGGUAGCGCCAGGUCGACAACCACGACCGCACCUGCCUCGACCCUGAGCACUCAGACCUCGAUAGACCCUGGCAUUACGAGCUCAGACAUUUCGACCGCCACAUCUGAACUAAAUAGUGGCUCGUCGGAAACUCCCCCGUUGAACGGUGGAGCAAUAGCUGGCAUUGUCGUCGGGGCUAUUCUAGCCCUGCUGAUAGGGGUUGGUAUCGGCUGGUUGGUUUUCAACCAGAGGGCAUGUCGCUAUGAUGGGCUGAGAUUGCCUCCUCUGCCUCCUGCGGCACAAUUCAACCCACAGCAGGGUAAUCGCCAAUUCGAUGGAGUUCCAUAUACAAUAUCUAGAGGUUUUAAUGGAUAUCAAAUGCACCAGUACAAGCCGCCAAGCGUAGAGGCUCAAGAGCUUCCUUCGCGGCCUGAAGCUAUGGAGCUUCAAGGACAAGCUAACACAUAA